UCCUUCCCUAGGUCAGAAGUUGUGGGAGAGGCUCAAUUUGUUCAGUGUUAUUAACAAUUAAUUAAUAACAGCUAGUAACAGCAAUUAAUUGCUCAUCCCCCAGAGGGUUUAGGACCCUAUAUUUUGGGGAUAGGGCAGGGAUGAGGCUCACAGUGGUGGGAUAUUUACAUUCCCCCGAGGUGCUGGACAACACAUCCUGAACACCCAGCAUCCAGAGAUGGCUGCUGAGGUCCAAGGGGCUCUUUCCCUCUCCAUCCUCCCUUUUCCACCAGAGAGUAGUGAGCUUUCUCUCUGCCACUCCCUUCUCUGCAGGAGGAGCAGGGAGCAGCUGAGCCUGCAGGAAAGCUGGGCAGAGAGGAGUUAACUCCAAACCCAACCUCAGGGAGAGGGAAAAAAAAACAACAGAGAACUAUGGAUCAGCAGCAAGAGCAGAGGGAGGGAAAAGGGGGAGUCAGAGAGAGAGGAGAGGAGCUCCAGAAGGAGAGAGAGCAGAGCUGGUGGCGAGCAGAGGGAGACAGCAGAGCACCAGGCAGGAGUGACUGGGAUGAUCAAGCUGCCCAGAUAAACUCUUCUAUGGUAUGCAUCCUCCUGCUACCAUUGUGUGGGCUGGACUGGAAGUCUCCCCCUGAGCAAGUGGCAAAGCUGCAGGCUCUUCCUCAAAAAGGUGAGUGCCAGCUUCCAAAGCUGAAAGGCAGCCUCAGGCUCCCUGAGCAGAGACACCCUGGUGCAUUAUGCAUGCCCAGAAGGAGACAGGGCUCCUCUGCUUUAGUGAGGAGAUCCCAUGGGGCCAGAUGGAUAAGCUGGAGGGUAGCUAUCAGUAGGGCAGAGUGGACCAAAGACAGAGGCAGGGACAGUCUCUUGGUGUGGUACACAGAGAAGCUGGGAAGCAGAAGUGGCGUGAGCUGAGGGAUGCGGGAGCAUGGAGCGGAGGAGGUUGCAUGACCCAAAAACAAGUUAAUUGCUUGUCAACAGUAGCUAGAUAACAGUGUCUUUCCUUCCUUGUUUUUGCUCAGAGAAGGACAAUUUGUUCUAAUGAUAGCACAACAAGGGGAAGGUUUAUUUGGAGAUAAGCUGCUGGUGUUCUCUGCCUGAGCAGUGUUACUCAGGGCUGGAGGAAGUUUUGCAGCAAAUCACAAUACCUUGAGCUGUGAUAACAACAGGCUCCUUCACAAUGAUCAUGUUGUAUUUCACGUGGCUCCAGGGUCUCCUCCACAUCCUCACCUACCUGCUACCAUCCAGCCCUUGACCACUUCUCAGCAUCAAGAAAAGGUCCCUGCAGUCUGACAGGAAGAUGCCAGGGGGAUUGAACAUCUCUUCUGAUAGCCCAGAGCUACGAGCAGCAGGGAUUAUUGUGCCCAUCAUCUUCUCCCUCAUCUUCCUUGUGGGUACUGUGGGAAAUGGGCUGGUGCUGGCUGUGUUGCUGUGGAAUGGCCAAGUCAAGUACUCCACCACCAACCUCUUCAUCCUCAACCUGGCUGUGGCUGACCUGUUCUUCAUCAUCUGCUGUGUCCCUUUCCAGGCCACCAUUUACACCCUGGAUGGGUGGCUCUUUGGGGCCUUUGCCUGCAAGGCUGUGCAUUUCCUGAUCUACCUCACCAUGUAUGCCAGCAGCUUUACCCUGGCUGCUGUCUCUGUUGACAGGUACUUGGCCAUUCGCUAUCCACUGAAGUCCCGGGAUCUCCGCACGUCCCAAAAUGCAGGAGUAGCCAUUGUGGUAAUCUGGUCACUGUCGCUGCUCUUCGCAGGGCCUUACCUCAGUUACUACCAGAUAAUCCAUUAUCACGGUGUGCCCAUCUGUGUCCCUGUCUGGGAGGACCAGCGCCGAAAGGUUCUGGACAUCCUCACGUUUGUAUUUGGAUACCUGCUGCCUGUGACCGUGGUGAGCUUGGCAUACACUAGGACCAUCAAGUUCUUGUGGACUUCUGUAGACCCCGUAGAAAGAAUCUCAGAGUCUCGGAAAGCCAAGAGUAAGGUCACCAAGAUGAUUGUCACAGUGGCCAUCCUGUUCUGCCUCUGCUGGCUGCCCCACCACCUGGUCAUCCUCUGCUUCUGGUUUGGCCACUUUCCCUUCAAUCGGGCCACUUAUGCUUUCCGCCUGGCUUCCCACUGCCUUUCCUACACCAACUCCUGCCUCAACCCCAUUGUCUAUGCCCUCAUCUCCAAGCAUUUCCGCAAGCGUUUCAAGCAGGCCUUCACCUGCCUCUUCUUCCAGAACAAGAUCAGGAAAAAGAAGAAGAGAGUUGGAAGGAAAACCCGUAUGGUCAAUGUGGGAAGAGGUUUUGCCAACAGGGCAGGAGCUUCCUAUGGAGGCAACACUGAGGUGACCCAAGUCCCAGAGGAGAACACCAGGAAGAGGGACCAUGAAGAUGCCAGUUGUGCCAGAGCAGGGACUCGGCUGGUACAAGAUGCCAUAGUCUCUGUUCAGAAGGAGCUACUGGAGGAGGAAAUUUUGGCAACAGCUGGCCAUUCCCUAGAUGUGACCCCUCUAAAAGGAACUGCUGGACAAGACAAAGAAGAAGCCUUAGAAAAGGGCUAGAUGGGAAAGAGAGAAGUCUCCAUUCGCAUCACAUUUUCUGACCACAUUGGGGUGGUUUUGCUUUCCUCCAGGAUCAUCAUGCUCAAGCCUUAUCCCCACUGAGAUGGUUUUAUGUUGCCAGUGAGAGAUGAGCUCAUUCAGACCCAUUAAACUGAGUUCAAGUCCCCCAGAACUCCUCAAAUGCCUCCUCCAUGAUCCUGUAGCCGUGUCUGAGAUCUGCCAUUAUCCCACCUCAAUAUUCACAGUAAACUUUAAGUGGCUACAACAGCUUUCCUUUUCUCUGAUUAAGAAUGGCGUUUUAUUAGUGCUGUGUGGAUCCUUAAUAUGUAACUCUUAACAUGUGGCAGAUCUGCACCUAUAAUUUCUUAAGAGAAGGUGAAAGAUGGGAAGCUUAGGAAAAAGUGUUUAGGGAAAGCUAAAGUGACAUUGUGGGACACCCAGACUUCCACACUGAAGCUGGGAAACAAUUACAGGUUGUCAUGGCACUUGUAGGUAUCCUGAGCCCUGCAUGGGCUACAAAAUCCUCUGAUGUCCUCAUUUGUAUGUAUGUAUGGUGCUGGAAAUUGUGUCAAAAAUAAAGGGGUUUUGGCCCCAGCCAGUGCUAUAGGCAUUGUCCUGGGUGACAUCAGGAAGCUUGCAGAGCUGUGAUGUGCAUGAGCAGAGCCAUGAUCUCCCCCUUAUUUCUCUUCUUUUUCUGUUCCCUACUUCUGUUUGCGUAAAUCUUCCCUUUUUGCUUUGUCCUGCCCACUCUUAAUUCCCAGGUGACAUGGUAUUUCUAAUGCUCACUGAAGCUGUUGUAUGCCUUGCUGGAGCUCAGCUCCAAGGACAUCCCUUUUUCUGUGCAGAGGCUAACUGAAGAGGAAGGCCAACUGCACUGGGAAUUAGUUUUCUUUUUCUGUUCAAGUGCUUGAUGCUGCUUUCUGCACUUUGAGCCUCCCUUGCCUCUAUCCCUGUUUCUGAUUUUUCCACCUCUCUCCUUUCCUGGCAGCUGCCACUCCUCUACGGCGAAUGUCUUUCAGAAAUGUGUCCAGUGUGCCUUACCCACCUUCCUGGGAACAGCGAGUUCUGCAGCCACCCUCUGCACAUGAUGCCAUGGCUGCUGGCCAGCUCACAUGGCCUCAUCAUUUCUUUAGGUGAAGAUUCAUUCCACAGCUCAAAGCAUUGGAGGGAGAAGGGAACAGCAGUCAGGAACAAUGGCACAGCUGGAUGCUGCCUGCUCUUGCCUAGAAACAGCUGGGCUGUUGCUCACCCCUGAACCUGCUCCUCCUGGUCCCAGCUUGCAAAAGGAGAAGAUCAGAUGAGGACUGACUGCUGCACAUUGGGGUGAAGCCCAAAAGAAAUAGGACAGAGAGGUCAGGGAAGUUCUUGGGGAGACGGUGCAUUUAGCAUGGCAAGUGGCUGCAAACCCUGGGCCUCUUCACUAAACUCUGUGUGGUGCUAAGCCCCAGUUUUGGGGAGCACAUGAGCAGGAAGGGCAGGUGCUGAGCCUGGGAUGGGAAGGCUCUGGAGCCAGAAGCUAAUUCCUGUCUAUCCAGUACCAGUGUACAUGCUCUAACUGGUUUCUCAGCUCAGAAGCAGAGGUGAAGCAAGAUGUCAUAUCCUUGAUAUAAGUCAGGUUUAAUUAAAACUGAAGGAGUUUGAUUGCUGCUUUCCACGCAGCCUUCCCUCCAGACUGAUUGGCAUUCUGCAGUCUCUGCUCCCAGCUUCUUGCCUUAAUUAAUGACUCUUUUCUCUUAUUUUCUAUCCUACUUUUCAUUACUCAGGCUGAUAAGCUCAUAUUUAACCCUGCAGGGGCUGGUUUGCCCACAUCAGUGCAGUGCUGCUGUUCCAAGAUCUGGAACAGGAUAGAUGAAAUGGGAGAGGUGUGAACAGGUCAGAGCUUUGCAUCUAGUGGCAAGCACUAGCUCUUCUCUGUAGAGUAACUUGGUCCUGCCAACUGUGUGCUGAUUCUGGUGUCUGGCAUCUCUCUGGCAAGUGUGACAUGACCCUGAUAUCAUUGGGAGGUGUCAGACCCAGGUGCCAAGAAGCUCAUCCUGCUAACUCCAUGUGCAAACCUGGCAGCCCUGGGAAUUCUGGUUAUUUGCUUUUGGGUUUAGCUGCUGGUUGCUAAUCUAUGACCAGCCUUAGCAGGCUGCCAGCUGAUUAUUUUAAUUCUUCCAUGUGCUCUCUUCCCCGCUCAGAGAUUUCAUUAAAAACCCCAGAGGAACACUGUUUGCCAUACCUCCUUUAUCAUCUUCCUAAUCAAAACUUGCUGAUUCCUCCACCUAGUCACCCCAUGGGCCCUGGCCUAGGGCUGCUCCCCAAGGCUGGCCAAGGUGCAAUGCACGAAGAAGGCAUCUUUCUGUAAGUAUCUUUCAGUGAUGGAAGAGAUCUU